UCAAUCUGUAAGGCAACUGUUGUCUGCAAGAUGUUUUGUUAUCGGUAAAUCUUGCCAUUGUUGCCUAAACAAGUUAUUGUCAAACUGUUGACGAUACAUGCAGGCAGUCUGGUAAUAGAGACACGUUUCUUUAAAAAUUCAUCAUCUUUCAAAACGCGCAUGCUUAUCUUAAGUUGCAUGGAAUUACGAAGCCUGAAUUAACAAUAAUCUUCCGUUCUAAGGGCGAUUUCUCAUUCAAAAAAGCACUCUUGCCUUUUUUUAACUCGUCUUUCAUUCAGCUGUGGAACAAAUGAGUUGAUAUGAGAAAAGCAAGACACUUUGUAUGGGUUGUGGCCCUUAUAAUCGUUCUGGUCGUACGUGGAACUUGGACAGUAAGACACGACACUUUCUGGGGAGAAAAAGCGCCUCCUGGUUGUCAGCCGUGUCCUAAAAGUGAUGAAGGACUGUUUGACACCCCAAUUUGUGGCAAGAAUGGAAUCGCUUACAAAAACUUUUGCUAUCUUACUUUAAGGAAUUGUAUCGCUAAGAUAUUGAAGAAGGAACCAGUUUUCCCCUCCAGUGAUCCGAAAACUUGUGGGUUGCAAAUGAAGAUGUAUAACAGUUUCUCUGGGUCGCCAUUUAAAAGAAGAAAGCGAGCUUUAAAAUCUGGUCCGAAUAUGACGGUCAAACACUACUAAAUUGGAAGACUGCAUGACAAGUCUAGCCAAAGAGAAAAAAAAAAUGUAUUCUUCAACCAUCAGCUAGAAGCUGUCUUUCAACGAAGUUCGAAACUUACCUUUAACAGAAGACGUCAAAAACAACUGUUGUUAACUGAGUAGUUACGUUAGAAAUGAACUCAUCUCCCGCUGAUAACACCA